CGCGCUCUCGCACUCGGACAGCGCGGCGCCGGCCGCUGCGAGCGCCACUGAGCGCACUCGUCUUCAGUCGCGCAACUUCGGAGGCAGGGCGCAGGAGCACGGGGAGCGCUCGGAGCCCCGCAGCCCAAGGAGCGCAGAGUAGGGGCGCGCCGGAGCCUGGCUCCAGAGUGGGCACCGGGCAUCCACCGCGUUCCGAGCGCCGGGCGGCCCUCCGCGCAGCCUGGCUGCCGCUGCCCCCACGGAGGGCACGGGCUGGCGCGGCCGGGCGCCGGGGAGGACGGCGAGGAGGAGGCGGCGGCGGCGGCGACGGCGGCGGCGAGACUGGGGCCGGGGAGAGAGCCCCGAGGGAGAGGCGCCCGAGCCGGGCCGCGGGAGCAUGUGGGCCCGGAGCGGAGCGCGGGGCGCGCUGCUGCUGGCGUUGCUGCUCUGCUGGGACCCGAGGCUGAGCCAAGCAGGUGCUGAUGCAGCCAGCGAGGUGCUCCCUGACUCCUUCCCCUCGGCGCCCGCGGAGCCGCUGCCGCACUUCCUGCAGGAGCCGCAGGACGCCUACAUCGUGAAGAACCGGCCUGUGGAGCUGCACUGCCGCGCCUCCCCCGCCACGCAGAUCUAUUUCAAGUGCAAUGGCGAGUGGGUGGGCCAGAGCGACCACGUCACGCAGGAGGGCCGGGACGAGGCUACCGGCCUGCGGGUGCGAGAUGUGCAGAUCCAGGUCUCCCGGCAGCAGGUGGAGGAGCUCUUUGGGCUGGAGGACUACUGGUGCCAGUGUGUGGCCUGGAGCUCUGCGGGCACCACCAAGAGUCGCCGGGCCUACGUCCGCAUCGCCUACCUCCGCAAGAACUUUGACCAGGAGCCUCUGGGCAAGGAGGUGCCCCUGGACCACGAGCUCCUCCUGCAGUGCCGACCACCAGAGGGGGUGCCAGUGGCUGAGGUGGAGUGGCUCAAGAACGAGGACGUCAUCGACCCCACCCAGGACACCAACUUCCUGCUCACCAUCGACCACAACCUCAUCAUACGCCAGGCCCGCCUGUCGGACACGGCCAACUACACCUGCGUGGCCAAGAACAUCGUGGCCAAGCGCCGGAGCACCACAGCCACUGUCAUCGUCUACGUGAAUGGCGGCUGGUCCAGCUGGACGGAGUGGUCACCCUGCUCUAACCGCUGUGGCCGUGGCUGGCAGAAGCGCACGCGGACCUGCACCAAUCCCGCCCCACUCAAUGGAGGUGCCUUCUGCGAGGGCCAGGCCUUCCAGAAGACCCCGUGCACCACCGUGUGUCCAGUGGACGGGGCGUGGACGGAGUGGAGCAAGUGGUCGGCCUGCAGCACCGAGUGCACCCACUGGCGCAGCCGCGAGUGCAUGGCGCCCCCGCCCCAGAACGGAGGCCGUGACUGCAGUGGGCCGUUGCUGGAGUCCAAGAACUGCACUGGCGGGCUGUGCAUGCAGAAUAAGAGAACUCUAAGCGACCCCAAAAGUCACCCCCUGGAAGCCUCAGGUGAUGUGGCGCUGUACGCAGGCCUCGUGGUGGCCAUCUUCGUAGUAGUGGCGAUCCUCAUGGCGGUGGGAGUGGUGGUGUAUCGCCGCAACUGCCGCGACUUUGACACUGACAUCACUGACUCCUCUGCCGCGCUCACUGGCGGCUUCCACCCAGUCAACUUCAAGACCACGAGGCCCGGCAACCCACAGCUGCUGCACCCAUCCAUGCCUCCCGACCUGACAGCCAGCGCCGGCAUCUAUCGAGGGCCUGUGUACGCCCUGCAGGACUCGGCUGACAAGAUUCCUAUGACCAACUCUCCCUUGCUGGACCCCCUGCCUGGCCUCAAGAUCAAGGUCUACAACUCCAGCACCACUGAUCCCAGGCCUGGCUUGCCUGAUGGGACCGACCUCCUGGGCGUCCUGCCACCUGGCACUUACCCCGGCGAUCUCUCCCGGGACAGCCACUUCCUGCAUCUGCGUAGAGCCAGCCUUGGGUCCCAGCAGCUCCUGGGCCUGCCCCGAGAGCCUGGCAGCAGUGUCAGCGGCACCUUUGGUUGCCUUGGCGGGAGGCUGAGCAUCCCUGGCACAGGGGUCAGCCUGCUGGUGCCUAAUGGAGCCAUUCCCCAGGGCAAGUUCUACGAGAUGUACCUGCUUAUCAACAAAGCUGAAAACACCCUCCCGCUCUCGGAAGGGACCCAGACAGUGCUGAGCCCCUCAGUGACCUGCGGGCCCACGGGUCUCCUGCUCUGCCGCCCCGUCAUCCUCACCGUGCCCCACUGUGCUGAAGUCAGUGCUGGUGACUGGAUCUUCCAGCUCAAGACCCAGGCCCACCAGGGCCACUGGGAGGAGGUGGUGACGCUGGAUGAGGAGACCCUGAACACGCCCUGCUACUGCCAGCUGGAAGCCAGGUCCUGCCAUAUUCUGUUGGACCAGCUGGGUACCUACGUGUUCACGGGCGAGUCCUACUCCCACUCGGCCGUCAAGCGGCUCCAGCUGGCCAUCUUUGCGCCUGCGCUCUGCACUUCACUGGAGUACAGCCUCAGGGUCUACUGCCUGGAGGACACACCCGUGGCCCUGAAGGAGGUGCUGGAGCUGGAACGGAUGCUGGGUGGCUACCUGGUGGAGGAGCCCAAGCCCCUGCUGUUCAAGGACAGCUACCACAACCUGCGCCUGUCCCUGCAUGACAUCCCCCACGCUCACUGGCGGAGCAAGCUGCUGGCCAAGUACCAGGAAAUCCCUUUCUGUCACAUUUGGAGCGGCAGCCAGAAGGCCCUGCACUGCACCUUCUCCCUGGAGCGGCACAGCCUGGCCACCUCCGAGCUCACCUGCAAGAUCUGCGUGCGGCAGGUGGAAGGGGAAGGCCAGAUAUUCCAGCUACACACCACACUGGCCGAGACCCCUGCCAGCUCCCUGGAUGCCCUCUGCUCUGCCCCUGGCAGUGCCGUCACCACCCAGCUGGGCCCCUAUGCCUUUAAGAUCCCGGUGUCCAUCCGCCAGAAGAUAUGCAGCAGCCUCGAUGCCCCCAACUCACGGGGCAAUGACUGGCGCCUGUUGGCGCAGAAACUGUCCAUGGACCGGUACCUGAAUUACUUUGCCACCAAAGCAAGCCCCACGGGCGUGAUUCUGGACCUCUGGGAAGCUCUGCAGCAGGACGACGGGGACCUCAACAGCCUGGCGAGUGCCUUGGAAGAGAUGGGCAAGAGUGAGAUGCUGGUGGCCAUGGCCACCGAUGGGGACUGCUGAGCGCCCGGAGCGCGGGCCGGCAGGGACAGGCAGGAGGCAGAGCGGGGCAGCCUGGGCAGCCCCCCCGUGGGGACAUCCAGCCCCAACUGGAGUUGUUCCUCUCCUCCUCCUCCUGCUCCCCACCAGAAGCCCAGACCAAGACCAGACCACAACCAGCCUUAGAAAAUCCACGUGCUCUGUUGCUGGGAGUCCUGGAGCCCCUCGUCCCCUGCCAUCUCUCCUAAAUCACAGACUGUGUGACACAGCAGUUAGGGACAGGAGGUAGCCCUCCCUCCCGUCCUCCCGCCCUCGCCCUGUGACUUCUGGGUCCCCGGUUUUCGUUCUGUUCUCACUUUCUCCCCAGCUCUUGGUUUCUCUCUCCCUCAUCCCAGCCCCUAAGGCUCUCCCGCCCUUCCUCUCACGAAGAGUUGAGUUCAGUUCCAGAAAACUGCUUUCUCCCGUCCACAGUGAAAAGGAAAAGGAAGGAAAGAAAAAGCUUCAGAUGCUAGUGAGGCUCAGAGAAGAAGAAAAACACCAAAGCCACAAGGGAAAAGAAAAACCCAGUUUCUUAGGAAACGCAAAUGAUUUAUUAUCCAGAUAUUUGGAUAAGCCCUUUUUAAGAAAAAAAAAAAAAAAAGAAAGAAAAUGAAAAAAAAAAAGAAAAAGAAAACUUUUUUCCUGCGUGUGGGUGAGAGUUGGCGCGCUCGGGCUGUGGCCAGGAGCGUGUGCGUGUGUGCAAGCAUGUGUGUGUGCGUGCACGUGUGUUGGGGGAGAGACUGAACAAGGCCUGCUUUGCUGCUCAUGAAUCCGCCUGGGACUGAACUCGCACAAGGCCUCAGUCUGCCCGGCUGUGCAAGGAGCGGAUGAGACAGGGUUUUAGCCAUGGCACGAAGUCAUCCGCUAAACUCUUCAGCUGAGGCUGAGUUCAUAAAGCCCAGAGCACAGGAGGGGGCCCUUUCCUCCCCGCCACGGGCAGAUUCCUAGGCUCCUGGGUCUCCUGGGAGUCAGGACGAAGAGGCUGUGGGGUGGGAAGUGUGGACGCACAGGAGAGGGGCUGGGGGCGGAACUCACUUCCCAGCUCUGACCUGUACCCUCCUCCCUUGUGGCCCGGGAGGUUGGCAAGUGGCCUUUCUGAAUGGGCAGGGUGGCCAGGGUAGAGGAGCUGACACUGCCGCCCCAGGAUGUUCUGGGGGCCACUGAGUGGGGAGGGUUGAGUCCCCAUCCCCUCUGAGCCGGUGGCCAUGGCCAGGACCAGGAUCUCGCCAUGGGCACAAAGGCUCCUCCUUGGCACUCAAAGUCGGGAGGUGCCAGAUGCCCCAGGCUCUGGGCACUGGCCCAGGGGUUACCCCAGCAGCCCUGAGCAGCCACUGGCUGGGCACACCCUGGCCUUUGAAAGUCUGGUGUCCUGUCCCAGCCAGUGUCCCCUGCCUUCUUCCUUGCCGGGGUCUCAGGAUGGGAGUUGGCCAAAGGUAGGUCAGGCCCUGCCCGGAGGUUGGCGGGAAGGUUCCCACCAGGAGAGCUGUGGAUGGAGGCAGGUGUGGAGCUCCAGCCCUGCUAUGAAACCGCUGUGACCUCACACAUACCACUGCCUUCUCUGGGCACUCACAUCUGCAUCCUUUUUGUGCCCAAGAAGCCUCACAGCUGCUGUCGGAGGCUCUCUGGGUUCUGAGAUUUCUCUGACCUUCCAGAGGGAACCCUAGUGGGCACAAGUUGAGGUGGCCUGCAAUGCCAUGCCCUCUCCUACUGGCCCCAAGACAGGAGCUCCUGGCAGCUGAGGUCCAUGCAGCUGUUUCCAAGGGCCUGGAGCCCAGGACCAUUGGCUGGAGCCUCCUGUUGGGGUCACGCUGUCCAGCUCCAUAGGAAAAGCCCGGAAAGCACUUGCCAACUCCACCAGCGUGCUGAGGUGCUGCCGCAGGGCAGCAGCAGCUCACGGUGCCACCAGGACCCUGCGAGCAAGCACACGGCGUUCCGUCUCUCACCUGUGCGUGUGCGCGUGUGUGUGCGCGUGUGUGCUUUUAUCCUCGGGCACAUCAGGGCGCCCCCCACAUGCACGCCUGCCACGCCUGUGUGGGGCGUGGCCUCUUCUGUGCCUGCUUCGCCCGCCGCCCUUGGCCCACAGGGUCCGUGUACUUCCUACGUGCCUCUCUGCCUCCUUUUGGGCCCAGCCUCCUGCUUGGGACCCUCCUCAUCUCCCAGAUGGCCCGGGGCCCCUGCUCCCAGGCAACUGAGCCGGCUCCCCUCACAGGUCCUCUGGGAGGAGGUGACUGGGCGCUUGGGGGCAGGGACAGCUCUGGGGACAAAGGGCUGGACCCUGCCUGGGCCAUGACAUGGUUAUAUGUCCCAGGGGUGCAGCACUCCAGGGAUGGCCCCAACCCCACCUCUGUCCAUUCUGUAAACUACAACCUGUAAAUAACGUUUAGCAUUCCUAUUGUAACAAAAUUAAUUUUUAUGAAAUAAAUUAUAUUUCCUAGUCUAAUAAAAAAAUCCAGGUUGUAGUCUUC